AUGGCUACGCAACGUCUUCGGCGCAAGCUGGAUCGCGAUGGUGUGCCUGAGCAUGUAAAUCUAGGAGAGAAUUUUGUAUCCAUUGGCACACCUCUUCCAGCACUGAAUGCAAACCGCAAAGACAAGAACGAAUUCAAACCUGUCUGGCAGCAAGAAGUAUAUGACAGCAAAGGUCGACGUCGGUUUCACGGUGCAUUCACUGGUGGAUUCUCCGCAGGGUACUUUAACACUGUAGGAUCUAAGGAGGGAUGGACACCGUCCACGUUUCACUCCUCACGCUCAUCGCGUGCGGGAAAAGUUGAGCGCCGUCCAGAGGAUUAUAUGGAUGAAGAUGAUCUUGCGGAGUUGGAUCAAGCAUCCACAUUGCGCGCCAAAGAGGGGUAUACUGAUGAUGCGAAGCAGCACACGGACCCGAUGCUUGGCAUGAUUGCACCUGCAAAAUCACAAACUUCAGCAAGCCCGUCAUCUAUGGGAGUGAUGUUACUGCAGCGCAUGGGUUGGAAACAAGGACAAGGUAUCGGGCCGCUUCUUACGUACAAAGGCAGAGAGAAACUGAAUGCAUUACUGCAAUCUCUGCACUUAGCACCGGCGCAUGUUCAAUUAAUGGACGUGCCUGUCGAGGCACAUAACCACAAAUUUCCUCCUCCAGACACACAGCUAAUUAAGCUGCCAGAUAAUCGAGAUCACCGCGGGCUAGGGGCAUUGGUUGGGCAUGGAAGCAGUGAAUUGCAAGGUGUACUGGCAAAGUUUCACAGCACAAAGCGUCCCGAACGCACAAUUGGCAUGUCAGGCAUGGACUCUGACGAUGAGGACCACGUCUACGGUGCACCAGACCGGAUUGAGGACUCUGUUCUUGGGCGGCACGAGCAGAUGCAGAUUGGUGGUGGCACCGUACCAGACAAAGAUAUGAGCAUUGAGAAUUAUGAGCAUGCUUUUCUCACACGAAAGUCCAUUUCUGAUGCUACUUGGCACGAUGGUCGGCCCUUGCCGAAGGGAGAUACGGCCAAGCAUGCGCGGUACAAAACGUACCUUCACGCCAACAUGAAUCAAACGCUGUACAAACCAGACAUGUCGGUGCAUCCAACUGAGCUUCUUUUGCAAACGGAAUUGGACGAGUUUUUUGAAAUGGCUUCGCGAUAUCGCCCGAUACAAGGCGAGAUGGCGAGCCGGUUUACCACCAGUGUUGCAAUGGAAAGCGAUCCCAAUCUGGAGGGAGGUCUAUACAUUCCCAGUAAAAAUACCCAACCUCCUACUAUUCCAAAAGUGCCAGAGCUGAAGCCAGAGCCAGACGUAAAAAAGGACUUAACUUCUGCACAGCAAGCUGCUCAAAAGGGCGAAUUUGGUCCUCUUACACGCUCGUUAGAGCCGUUUCAUCCCCCACGACUCUUGUGCAAACGGUUUGGCGUCCCCAAUCCGUAUCCAAACGACGAUACACCGCAAGAUGAUAUUGCGAAAGCAAUGGACCGCUUUGGCCAGACGUAUACAACCAAUGACGAAGACGCAUUUACUUUUAUACAUUCAGAGGCAGCAGAGCGUGCAGACGAAGAUGCACUGCAACAUGUGCGACCAACGUUGAAUUUGUUCAAAGCAGUGUUUGAGUCGGAUGAGGAGGAGGUUGUCCCAUCUGCACCGAAACGCAAGAGUGAGAAGACCAGGGUCAAGAAAAAGACAAAGAAUUAUAAGAUGGGACCUCUUACAUUUAAUAUGGACGAGGACGAAGCGACCAUGUGA